AUGGAUCGCAUGGUGCAGAUGAUGGAAAGAAUGGCGGAGUUCAUGAUGGCUCAGCAGGCUCCAAACCAAAAUCAAGUUCAGCCCCGAGUAGAUUAUGCUAAAGCAAUAGCCAGCAGGCACCCUCCGACCUAUGCCGGAGAAGAAGAUCCCGUGGUUCUGGAAGAGUGGAUCAGAACAUUUGACAAGUUGUUGGACGCAGUAAACUGCCCUACGGAUCAGAGAAUAUCCUCGGCUGUGUACUACCUCACAAAGGCUGCGGACAAUUGGUGGACUACAACUGGGCCUGAUCUUUUGCAAGAACCAGACUUCGACUGGGAAGACUUCAAAACAGCAUUGAGGGCUCAGUUUUACACUGAAAGAAUUCGAGGAAUUAAAUGCGAAGAAUUUCUAAGGCUGAGACAGAAAGGGGCAAGUAUUCAGGAGUAUUAUGCAAAGUACAUAGAACUGCUAAGAUUCGCCCAGGAUAUCGUGCCGGAUGACGUGGGCAAGGCCAGAAGAUUCGUGCGCGGCAUGGACUGGGAUAACCGAAGAGCCCUUGCACCGUUUAUGUGUUCGACCCUGAAAGAGGCAUAUGAACGGGCGUCGGACCAUUAUCAAGUGCACCUGGAUCAGCGGGAGGUGUACGGCCGAAACAAGAGAAAGGCCGAGGCGCAGCAGGGGAAAUCGAAACUUGAAGGCAAGAAACCAAACUUUGGAGAAGCCAGUAGUAGGCAAGGGGAAAGAAAGGGGGAAGUAAUCCAAGUAAGGGGUUAUCCAUGCCCACGGUGCGGGAGGAUCCACCCUGGUGAAAACUGUCGAGGGGAGAAACUUACAUGCUUCCAGUGCGGCCGAGUGGGGCACACGCAGAGGAACUGUCCUAUUCAACCACGGCGCUAUCUGAAUCCACCCCUGAAUCUGAAUCAAGGGGGAAGGUUUACUGGAGAACCGAGGCAGGGACAAUUUAGCGGUGGAAAUGGCAGAGGGAAUAAUGUCCCACAAGUAAGCCAGGGGAGACCGUCGAGUGUUGAUUCCAAUAUUACCAACAAUAGAGGAAAACAGCCAGUUGGGGCCAGCAAUUCAGGAGGCCAAGGGAGAAUUUUCGUUGUUAAUAGCGCCCAGGCUCAAGCAAGCGACGCCAUUGCCGGUACUUUCCUAAUAAACUCUGUGCCUGGUUUAGUUCUAUUUGAUACAGGAGCCACGAAUUCUUUCAUCUCUUGCAUGCUUGCUGAUAAAUUGGGGUUAAGAUCUACUACUAGGUUAAACCUUAACGUAAUGACUGCCUCAGGACUAGUAGUAGCUUGUAAGAACAUAUAUGAGAAUGUUUCUAUAGAGAUAGCGGGAGUUAACUGUCCCGGGAAUCUUAUUCGGUUUGAGUUGGAAGGUAUAGAUGUGGUAUUGGGAAUGGACUGGUUAGAGAAAUAUAAAGCUCGGAUAGUGUGUAAUGAAAAGAAAAUUCUGUUAAGAGGACCGAAAGGGAAAAGGGUUUCAUAUCGAGGAAUCGAGAAGGAGCCCGAACCAAAGCUGAUGACAAUUCGAAGACUGAGAAAAUACGCACAAAAGGGGUAUGAAGUGUACCUCUGUUUGGUGCAGGAUACGGAGGUAGAAAAACUGGAGAUCAGUCGGAUCCCAGUGGUGUGUGAAUUUCCGGAUGUGUUCCCCGAUGACCUUGCAGGAAUGCCCCCUGAAAGAGAUGUGGAAUUCACCAUUGACCUGAUGCCAGGAACCUCACCUAUUUCCAAAGCACCUUAUAGGAUGGCGCCCAAAGAAAUAGAGGAGUUGAAAGUUCAACUAGGAGAACUGGGGGAAAAAGGAUUUAUUAGACCCAGUGUAUCGCCUUGGGGUGCACCGGUGUUAUUUGUGAAAAAGAAGGAUGGGAGUUUCAGAUUGUGUAUCGAUUAUAGGGAACUUAAUCGAGUCACAAUUUAG